CUCGAGCUCCUCCCAAUGCGGCCAUGCCUCCUCGUGCUCGGUUGCCGUGUGGGAUGGAGGAUGGGCUGUGUGGGGCCCACUAUUGGUCAGCCAAAUAGACUAGCCAAAUUUGGCUAGUGAAGGGAGAGUUUUGGCCAGAGCCAUCCGGUUAGAGAAACAGUUGGAGUUAGUUUUUUUAGUUAGAAUGGCUAAAUUUUGACUUAAAGAGUGGAAUGGAGAGGCUGUUGGAGAUGCUCUUAGAUAAUGUGUCGAUGAAAUUGCCUCUUCCACCAUUGUUGUUACUUGUCAGAAGGUGAUGGCCAAAGGGAAGAAGAUUCAUCUGGAAUCUGCCGUUGGUGCGUGCAGUGGCGUCGUGGCUAAAGAGGAGGAAGGAGCGGGGAGCUGGGGACGGCGAGCACGCGGCGGCGCUCCGGCGAGGCUAGCCAUGACGCGGUGGCGGCGUUUUUGCUACGAACGUGGCGUUCGGAGUUAAAAACCCCGACCCCGUCGGACCUGUUACGACCGUUCGACAUGUCUUGCGCGGUCCAGAUUAGCUUGAGGCGAGAUGGGGCUCGGCGUGUCAAACAGAAACGGCCCAAGAAGGCCCAAUUUUAGGAUCUCUCCCAUCGAUCUGAUCCGCCCAACUCCGAUCGGACGGUUUAAGAUCGACCUGAAUCGGAUCCCUACCAUUUGGUGCACGUUUGGGCAUAAGUCACAGUGCUAGGGUCUCUUUUGCAAAAUUCUCGUGGCACUUCUUUUCCGGACCGAUCUGACCCGUCUAACUGCGAUCGUACGGUCAGCUCUGAGCGUAGAACGCCGCCGCCGGAGGCGGCAUGUGGCGGCCGCGCUCCUGCCGGAGACGGUGCCGCUGCCGCGUUCUCGCCACGCCGGCCACGCUAUGCACGGCGGAGGAGCACUCCCAGGGUAUCCGCUUCGUGCGUGCCGUUAACCUCGACCUCCGACUCUCCGACUCAUCGUCGCCAUAAUCACCAUGACAAUGGCCAUGGCGUCAAUGAAGGGAGAGAACGUCACUGUAUCUGCAGCAGCAGCUCCUCGGAUGAAGAAGCUGGCGAGCAUGCUUUGCAUGAAGGGAGGGAACGGCGAUGGCAGCUAUCUCAACAACUCCCAAGCUCAGGCUCUGCACGCCCGGCGCAUGCUUCACUUUCUGGAGGAGACACUGGACGCGAUGAUGGAACGUUCGUCCAGCGACAAGCUCUUCACGGCGGCCGACCUGGGUUGCUCCUGCGGCAGCAACAGCCUCUUCAUCGUCGACGUCAUCGUCCGCCGCGUCUCCGAGGCGUACGAGUCCCGCGGCCGCGACGCCCCCGAGUUCCAGGUCUUCUUCUCCGACCUCCCCAGCAACGACUUCAACACGCUGUUCCAGCUGCUCCCGCCGCUCCUCGCGCCGGUGGCCGGCAGCCUCGAGGAGUGCCUCGCCGCGGGCGAAGGCGCGGCGACGGCGACGCGGCCGUACCACGCGGCCGGCGUCCCCGGGACGUUCUACGGGCGCCUCUUCCCCGGCGAGUCCAUCGACGUGUUCACCUCCACCUUCUCUUUGCACUGGCUCUCGCAGGUGCCGGAGGAGGUCGGUGACAGCGCGUCGCCGGCGUACAAUGGCGGGCGGGUGUUCGUCCACCGCGCCACGGAGGCCGUCGCCGCCGCGUACAAGCGCCAGUUCCAGGCCGACCUCGCCCGCUUCCUGCGUUCGCGGGCGCGCGAGAUGAAGCGCGGCGGCGCCAUGUUCCUCGCCUGCCUCGGCCGGAGCUCCGGCGACCCGGCCGACCAAGGCGGCGCCGGCCUCCUCUUCGGCACGCACUUCCAGGACGCGUGGGACGAUCUCGUCCAGGAGGGCGUGGUCGAGGGGGAGAAGAGGGACAGCUUCAACAUCCCGGUGUACGCGCCGAGCCUGCAGGAGUUCCGCGACGUCGUGCGCGCGGACGGCGCGUUCGCGAUCGACAGGCUCGAGCUGGUGAGGGGAGGGAGUCCGCUGGUGGUGGACCGGCCGGACGACGCGGCGGAGGUCGGCCGCGCCAUGGCGAACAGCUGCAAGGCCGUGGCCGGGGUGCUCGUGGACGCGCACAUCGGCGAGCGCCGCGGCGCGCAGCUGUUCGAGCGGCUGGAGCGGCGCGCGGCGAGGCACGCGAGGGAGCUCGUGGAGAAGAUGCACUUCUUCCACGUGGUUUGCUCGCUCUCUCUCGCGCCAUAA